UGUGGAGGGAGAGGCAGGGGUGGGAACUGGGGCUGCGCCCGGUGCUUGAGGGCCAGCGCGAGUUCUGGGUGGGCUUGGGCUCUGCAGGACCUGCACUUGGAGCAGCCCCAGGCAGUGAGGGGCUUAGCACCUGGGCCAGCAGCUGCUGUGCUCCACUUCUUGCAGGGCCUUAGCUGCCUCCAGGUGGGGCAGGGCUGGGGACCUGCAGCCUGCCAUGCCUGAGCCUCCUCCCCUCUCCCCCUCCCCACCUCACCCCGCCAUGGGCUUCUGCACUGCCUGAGCCUCCCCGAGGAGUGCCGACCGCUGCUCCACAGCACCCUGUCCCAUCCAUGGCCCAAGGACUGAGGAGUGCCAGUGCAUGGAGCAGGACUGGCAGGCAACUCCACCUGCCACCCGGUGCAAGAUCCACUGGGUGAGGCCAGCUGGGCUCCUGAGUCUAGUGGGAACUUGGAGAAUCUUUAUGUCUAGCUAAGGGAUUGUAAAUACACCAAUCAGCACUCUGUAUCUAUUUAAUCUGGUGGGGACUUGGAGAAUCUUUAUGUCUAGCUAAGGGAUUGUAAAUGCACCAAUCAGCACUCUGUAUCUACCUUAAGGUUUGUAAAUGCACCAAUCAGCACUCUGUAUCUAGCUCAAGGUUUGUAAAUAGGCCAAUCCACACUCUGUAUCUAGCUAAUCUAGUGGGGACGUGAAGAACUUUUGCGUCCAGCUCAGGGAUUGUAAACGCACCAAUCAGCACCCUGUCAAAACAGACCAAUCAGCUCUCUGUAAAAUGCACCAAUCAGCAGGAUGUGGGUGGGGCCAGAUAAGAGAAGUAGCCAGCAGUGACAACUCACUGGGGUCACCCUCCAGGCUGUGGAACGUUUGCUCUUUCACUCUUUGCAAUAAAUCUUGCUGCUGCUCACUCUUUGGGUCCACACUGCCUUUAUGAGCUGUAACACUCACCGCGAAGGUCUGCAGCUUCACUCCUGAGCCAGCCAGACCACGAACCCACCAGAAGGAAGAAACUCCAAACACAUCCGAACAUCAGAAGGAGCAAACUCCUGACACGCCACCUUUAAAAACCGUGACACUCACCGCUAGGAUCCGCGGCUUUAUUCUUGAAGUCAGUGAGACCAAGAACCCACCAAUUCCGGACACGCUAAUUGUUGUAGAUCAUCACUUCAAGGUGCCCAUAUCUUUCUAGUGGACAAAUUAUUCUGGCCUCCGCUGCAUACAAAUCAGGCAACCAGAAUUCUACAAAUAUAAGGCAAAGUAACAUCCUAGACAUGGCUUUAGAGAUCCACAUGUCAGACCCCAUGUGCCUCAUCGAGAACUUUAAUGAGCAGCUGAAGGUUAAUCAGGAAGCUUUGGAGAUCCUGUCUGCCAUUACGCAACCUGUAGUUGUGGUAGCGAUUGUGGGCCUCUAUCGCACUGGCAAAUCCUACCUGAUGAACAAGCUGGCUGGGAAGAACAAGGGCUUCUCUGUUGCAUCUACGGUGCAGUCUCACACCAAGGGAAUUUGGAUAUGGUGUGUGCCCCAUCCCAACUGGCCAAAUCACACAUUAGUUCUGCUUGACACCGAGGGCCUGGGAGAUGUAGAGAAGGCUGACAACAAGAAUGAUAUCCAGAUCUUUGCACUGGCACUCUUACUGAGCAGCACCUUUGUGUACAAUACUGUGAACAAAAUUGAUCAGGGUGCUAUCGACCUACUGCACAAUGUGACAGAACUGACAGAUCUGCUCAAGGCAAGAAACUCAUCCGACCUUGACAGGGUUGAAGAUCCUGCUGACUCUGCGAGCUUCUUCCCAGACUUAGUGUGGACUCUGAGAGAUUUCUGCUUAGGCCUGGAAAUAGAUGGGCAACUUGUCACACCAGAAGAAUACCUGGAGAAUUCCCUAAAGCCAAAGCAAGGUAGUGAUCAAAGGGUUCAAAAUUUCAGUUUGCCCCGUCUGUGUAUACAGAAGUUCUUUCCAAAAAAGAAAUGCUUUAUCUUUGACUUACCUGCUCACCAAAAAAAGCUUGCACAACUUGAAACACUGCCUGAUGAUGAGCUAGAGCCUGAAUUUGUGCAACAAGUGACAGAAUUCUGUUCCUACAUCUUUAGCCAUUCUAUGACCAAGACUCUUCCAGGUGGCAUCGUGGUCAAUGGAUCUCGUCUAAAGAACCUGGUGCUGACCUAUGUCAAUGCCAUCAGCAGUGGGGAUCUGCCUUGCAUAGAGAAUGCAGUCCUGGCCUUGGCUCAGAGAGAGAACUCAGCUGCAGUGCAAAAGGCCAUUGCCCACUAUGACCAGCAAAUGGGCCAGAAAGUGCAGCUGCCCAUGGAAACCCUCCAGGAGCUGCUGGACCUGCAUAGGGCCAGUGAGAGGGAGGCCAUUGAAGUCUUCAUGAAAAACUCUUUCAAGGAUGUAGACCAAAGUUUCCAGAAAGAAUUGGAGACUCUACUAGAUGCAAAACAGAAUGACAUUUGUAAACGGAACUCAGAAGCAUCCUCGGAUCAUUGCUCGGCUUUACUUAAGGAUAUUUUUGGUCCUCUAGAAGAAGCAGUGAAGCAGGGAAUUUAUUCUAAGCCAGGAGGCCAUAAUCUCUUCAUUCAGAAAACAGAAGAACUGAAGGCAAAGUACUAUCAGGAGCCUCGGAAAGGAAUACAGGCUGAAGAAGUUCUGCAGAAAUAUUUAAAGUCCAAGGAGUCUGUGAGUCAUGCAAUAUUACAGACUGACCAGGCUCUCACAGAGGAGGAAAAAAAGAAGAAAGAGGCACAAGUGAAAGCAGAAGCUGCAAAGGCUGAAGCGCAAAGGUUGGCGGCGAUUCGAAGGCAGAACGAGCAAAUGAUGCAGGAGAGGGAGAGACUCCAUCAGGAACAAGUGAGACAAAUGGAGAUAGCCAAACAAAAUUGGCUGGCAGAGCAACAGAAAAUGCAGGAACAACAGAUGCAGUUUCGGUUCUCACAGACUCUUAUCUGGAUGUCUGUAAAUCCGGCUGGACUUUCAGCUUCUAAGAACAGUCCGUUUCUCGAGGAUCCAGGCGCAGGAGGACAGAGCAAUGGGUGA